UGCGUGCAGCGGCGGCGGCAGGCCUGACUGCACCAAAGCGGCGGUAGAGACGCGGGCUACUGGGAGCUCGCCAUGGCGGUCCCUGCGGCGGCCAUGGGGCCCUCGGCGCUGGGCCAGAGUGGUCCUGGCUCAAUGGCUCCCUGGUGCUCAGUGACCAGUGGCCCAACACGCUACGUGCUGGGAAUGCAGGAGCUGUUCCGCGGCCACAGCAAGACGCGCGAAUUCCCUGCACACAGCGCCAAGGUGCACUCGGUGGCUUGGAGCUGCGACGGGCGUCGCCUGGCCUCGGGGUCUUUCGACAAGACGGCCAGCGUUUUCCUACUGGAGAAGGACCGGUUGGUCAAAGAAAACAAUUAUCGGGGACAUGGGGAUAGUGUGGACCAGCUUUGUUGGCAUCCAAGUAAUCCUGACCUCUUUGUCACCGCAUCGGGAGACAAAACCAUUCGCAUCUGGGACGUGAGGACUACAAAAUGCAUUGCCACCGUGAACACUAAAGGGGAGAAUAUAAAUAUCUGCUGGAGUCCUGAUGGGCAGACCAUAGCUGUAGGCAACAAGGAUGAUGUGGUGACCUUUAUUGAUGCCAAGACACACCGUUCUAAGGCGGAAGAGCAGUUCAAGUUUGAAGUAAAUGAAAUCUCCUGGAAUAAUGACAAUAACAUGUUCUUCCUGACAAAUGGCAAUGGUUGUAUCAACAUCCUCAGCUACCCAGAGCUGAAGCCUGUGCAGUCCAUCAAUGCCCAUCCUUCCAACUGCAUCUGUAUCAAGUUUGACCCCAUGGGAAAGUACUUUGCCACAGGAAGUGCAGAUGCCUUGGUCAGCCUCUGGGAUGUGGAUGAGUUGGUGUGUGUUCGGUGCUUUUCCAGGCUGGAUUGGCCUGUGAGGACCCUCAGUUUUAGCCAUGAUGGAAAAAUGCUGGCCUCAGCUUCAGAAGAUCAUUUUAUUGACAUUGCUGAAGUAGAGACAGGAGACAAGCUAUGGGAGGUGCAGUGUGAGUCUCCAACUUUCACCGUGGCUUGGCACCCCAAGAGGCCUCUGCUGGCGUUUGCCUGUGAUGACAAAGAUGGCAAAUAUGACAGCAGUCGGGAAGCAGGAACUGUGAAGCUGUUUGGGCUUCCUAAUGACUCCUGAUAGGAGGACCUCAGGGAGAGGGGGCCCUGGCAGAGGCCUUCCUUUGUGUAUUAGUUUGGUCUGUUCUCUUGGAGUUGGUGGGCACCUAAGGUAUUUGUAAAUUGGUAUAAAUUAUACAAGUCUUUGUUAGUUUGCCUAUUCUAGUUCCCUUCUUGUUAUGUGAGCUUUUCCCAUUCUUUCCCCUGCAGGAGGGCUCUGCACGAUAACAUCAGCAUAUCUUAACUCUGGGGACCUCCUGUCUUCUCUGCUUUUUGGGUAUAUGGUAGACUUUGUUGGGUUUGCUUCUGCUUGGACAAUACCUACCUUGAGUGAGUGAGUGAGGAAGGGUGAGAUGGGGAUGGAGAUUUUUUUAUAGUAAAAAGAAAUGUAUAUAAUUUUUCGAGUUGAGCAUUUAAUAAAGCUGACUUUAUGGGACUUCUGAGACUUUAAAA